GCUCCGAUGACCAAUAUGUCAACUGAACGUGUGGAAAAGCAAUAUGAUUUAAUAGAAUCACGAAAUGUCCAAUUAUGUAGAAAUUUGGUACUCACUAAUAAAAUGAAAGUUUUUUUAAUAAGCGAUCCAACAACUGAUAAAAGUGCUGCUGCAAUAAACAUUAAUGCUGGCUCUAUGUGCGAUCCAGAUGAUCUACCUGGAUUAGCGUAUUUUUGUGAGCACAUGUUGUUUCUAGGAACGAAAAAAUAUCCUCAACAAAAUGAUUUCAAAAAAUUUCUAUCACAGAAUGGUGGUGCAAGUAACGCAACAACAGAUUUAGAUCACACUAUCUAUUAUUUCGAUGUAGCUACCGAUAAGUUAGAAGGUGCUUUAGACCGUUUUGCUCAAUUUUUCUUGGCGCCUCUCUUUACGGAGGAGAUGACUGAACUAGUAUUAAAUAUCAUAAAUUCAGAAUACGAGGACCAAUUAGCAAGAGAUAACCCGCGAUUCGAUCAAUUAGAAAGAUCAUCUGCGAGCUCAGAUCAUCCGUUUUCGAAAUUCAACAUAGGAAAUAGAGAAACAUUAGACACAAUACCGAAACAAAAGGGCAUUAAUGUUCGAAAUAAACUACUAGAGUUUCAUGAAAAGUAUUAUUCUGCAAAUAUUAUGUCACUGUCUGUUCUUGGCAAAGAGAGUUUAGAUGAACUCGAAAAUAUGGUAGUGGACUUGUUUUGCGAAGUACGAAACAACGAAAUUGAAGUUCCAAUAUGGCCUGAACAUCCAUUCAAGGAUGAACAACUCCGCACUAUGUGGUACAUUGUUCCAAUAGAGGAUACAAGAUUAUUACACAUAUCGUUUCCUUUACCAGACAUGCGUCAACAUUGCCGAUCUUCGUCUGGACUUUACGUUUCUCAUUUGCUUGGGCAUAAAGGAGAAGGCUCAUUAUUAUCGGCUUUGAAGGCUAAAGGAUGGUGUAACUUUAUAUCAUCCACAUUACGUUUUCCCGCCAGAGGCUUCAGUAUUUUUAAUAUUUUAGUCGAUUUGACCGAAGAAGGUAUUAAGCACAUCGAAGAUAUUGUUCUAAUGGUAUUUCAGUAUAUCAAUAUGCUUAAGUUGAAAGGACCAAUCAAAUGGAUCUACGACGAAUAUCAAGAUAUAACAGAUAUAAACGCUCAUUUUAUAGAAAAGAUUUCGCCUCUUACUUAUGUGUUACUUAAGGUUCGAGAAUUGCAAAAAGUCACCAUGAAUGAUUCUGCAUGCGCGGACUCUAAUUGGCGGCCGAACUUAAUCGAGGAAAUAAUGGGAUAUUUGAUCCCACAAAAUAUUAUAAUUUAUAUAACUGCAAAAGCAUAUGAAAAUAUAGCUGAUGAAAUUGAAUGUUGGUAUGGCACUAAAUAUAAGAAAGUGAAGCUAUCCAAGGAAAUAAUAGACACAUGGAAUUCCCCUGGCUUUAAUGACGACCUGAAAUUGCCUGUCAAGAAUGCAUUUAUAGCAACUACAUUUGAUAUCAAGCCACAAACUAAUGUUGACAAAUUUCCCAUUAUUUUGGAGGAUACAUUAUUUGUAAGACUUUGGUAUAAAAAAGACGAUGAAUUUCUUGUGCCUAAAGCUAAGAUGAUCUUCGCUUUCUUCAGUCCAUUUGUUUCUAUGGGUCCCCUUAGUUACAAUUAUACUAAUAUAUUUGCUGAUCUGUUUCGUGAUUCUCUUGACGAAUAUACAUAUGCUACUGAUUUAGCUGGUUUACGAUGGGAACUAAAUAAUUUUAAAUAUGGAAUAACACUCUCUAUAGAUGGUUAUGAUGACAAACAACGUGGCCUGUUAGAAAAACUCAUGGAUCGAAUGAUAAAUUUUGAAGUUGCUCCGAAGAGAUUUGAAAUUUUGAAGGAAAAUUAUAUCAGGAGCAUGAAAGAUUUUGCUGCUAAACAGUCUGAUGAACAUGCUUGCUAUUAUCUUAGAGUCCUAUUAGAAGAGAAAGCUUUGCUCGAGGAAGAAUUACUGGAAGCUACUACCUAUUUAAAUGUCGAGGGACUCCAGCAGUUUAUACCACAGUUACUCAGUAAGGUGCACGUCGAGUGCUUGAUAUAUGGUAAUGUGACUGUAACGGAAGCUACAGAUAUACUUAAACUAAUUGAGUUUAAGUUGACAACUGGAGUGCCCAACAUAAUACCCUUGUUAGAACAGCAAUUAAUAUUGCCCCGUGAAAUUAAAUUAGAAAAUGGUUGCCACUUUCUGUUUGAAACAGAAAAUAAUUCAGAUAAAAGUUCUUGUAUAAUGGUAUAUUAUCCAACUGGUUUACAAUCAACAGAGUCGAAUAUGCUCUUACAACUUUUAGCACAAAUUAUUGCGGAACCUUGCAUUAAUACUUUAAGAACUAGUGAGCAAUUAGGCUAUAUAGUAUUUAGUGGUAUACAUAAAUCGAUUGGAAUACAAGGCUUGCAAAUCGUUGUACAAAGUGAUAAACAUCCACAAUAUGUCGAAAAACGAAUCAAUUUAUUUUUAGACUCCAUGUUGAAUCACAUAUCUACUAUGACAGAAGAACAAUUUGAAGAACAUAAGAAAGCUUUAGCUAUAUUACUUUUUGGAAAACCAAAAAAUUUGACUGCAAGGUGUGACUUGUACUGGAAUGAGAUCCAAUUCCAACAAUAUAACUUCGAUCGAAAGAAUAUUGAAGUGGCUUACUUAAAGACGAUAUCUCGGCAGCAAUUACUUAAUUUUUUUAAGGAAAAUGUACAUAGUAAGAAUCGACGUAAAUUGUCGAUACAUGUAAUAUCCACGUCAUCGGAAAAGAGCUCAUCUGACAGCACAAUUGAAGAAAUUGCUGAUUUAUCAACUGAUGAAGAAGUUAAGAAAAUCGAUGAUAUUUUGUCAUUUAAAAAUAGUCAAUCUUUGUAUCCUCUAGUUAAACCGAUUGAAAAAUGUUUUCUGAGGAAAAGCAUACGCCCUUCUAAGUGAUAAAAAAUGUGACGAGAUAAUAGUGAAUUAAGCGAAUGAAUUUAUUUAC